UUAAGUAUUUUUCAACAGUUAUAAUCGUUGAUGGUAUCCUACGUCCAUAUGGUUCAGCCCUUUGGCCGAUGUUUGGAUUAGAGUGCUGUGGUAUACCGACAAUAUAUUAUCCUACGCCCAUAUGGUUUAGCCCUUUGGCCGAUGCUUGGAUUAGAAUGCUGUGGGUAAAUCGCUAUGACUCGUUACGUGUUCUAACCUUCUUUUUAGAUAUGGAAUUUGAUUAUUAUACGGAUACCUAUGUGUACGAUUCCAAUCCUAAGGACUUGAGUGUUCUAAACUGUCUUAAUUAUCUGAAAGAUAAAUUGGUAUUCACAUCAGAUAGCAAACAAGAUAUCCAGGAUGCGCUUACAAGAACGGUCGAGAGGAUUAUUGAUUCGUCUAUUGUACAUGCUGGGGUAAAGAAACGGUUAAAAAAAAUAUCCGAUAAUUUCAGUGCUACUUUUCAAAGAAAGGAAAUUGACGAGUUUUUUGCGGAAUUGGACAAGGAGUUUGAGGCAAGGCAAAAUCAACGAAAUCUUGAGAGGUCUUUUGAUAAGAAUAGCUUCGAACUACUAAAAAAGUCUGGUGAUUUAAAUACAUCGAGACUUUCAUCUUAUUAUAUAGAAAGGUCUGCCGAAUUUCACGAAAAGCAAUUAUGUUUUAAGAAAAAGACGAGAUGUACGAUAAAGAAGCAAUAUCAAGUUGGAGAUACUAUGCCACCUCAACUUGAUAAAAAUGAACAAGAUGCAGAUUUUGCUGUUGAACAGGAUACGGAUAACAUGUAUUACCAGGAACUGUCAUCAGUUGAGACUUCAUUAAAUUCGGCUAUCGAAAGGCUUGUUAAUAGUGAAGAUACUAUUGCAAGAUAUCGGAUUUUAUUUUUAUCAGAAGAUAAUAUUCAUAGUCCAAUUAAGCGCUUAUUUACCAACGAAGAGUGGUCAAUAAUGGAAUCGAACUGGGAAAAGGUUGAAAAAAGGAUCGCGGAUUCGCUUCCCCAGAUUGAUGAAAACGUAAAAUUACUUUUAGAGAAGUAUAGCAAGUGUAUAAAAGAUGCCACCAUCAAAUGUUAUGUUGAUUUAAAUAAAGUCGAAGGCAUCAUUUGUAAAAGCCCGUUUGAAGAUCAGCAUUUGUAUCUGUUCGAAAGAGACUAUCAUCUUCGAUGGGUACAAUUAGUAUAUAAUGCUUUUAUAUUGUGUCUUCAGACACCGUUCAGCCCUCUAUGUGAUCCGGAUGCAUCUGAAUAUGCGUAUAGAAGCCGGAUUAUAAAUUAUAUUUGGGAGGAACUUUUCUUCGAUGUAAAUGUCAUAGCCAUAAUGAAGACAGGUGAAGUCGAAAAUGCGGACCGAAAAAAACAACUGGACCUAUCAAGAAAUUUGGAUCAACGUAAAUCAACUGGAACUUGGCAUCAUGAUGCUGUUUUAGUCAUGAAAGUUGGAGGCAAGUUGGUUCAAGUAGCAUUUGGGGAGGUAACUGGAAAUGCUUUCAAACGUGAUGACAAGAAAUACAAUGAUGAUAAAGAAAAAAUACUUAAAGCUAUGCAAUUGGCUCUUUUUAACCUUCGAAAAUCAUUUCCUGAAAAGGCUCCAGGUCUCGAAGAUUUGGAAACUUUUGGAUUACUCGUAAAUAGAAAAGAAUUUUUUAUGUAUUCGAUGCAUUGGGUGGACGGAAUAUAUCUUGUUGAUCAAUUUGAUGGGUUUGCGAUUCCCGAUACAUCACUGGAUCUAAAGAAUCUAUCUGAAAAGCAGACCCGUGUCAUUACUAAUGAACAGGAAGUAUCUUCUACAAAAGAUAUUUCACCACCUAUCGAGGGUCAGUCUGAUGAGGAUAAAGAUAUUACUCCCGAUCCCUUGCCUGAAAUAGAACAUAGCUCGACACAAGAAGAAAUAAAUACUCCAAUUCUUUAA